AUGGUGAGGUUCAUAAGAGGUUUCCGAGGAUUCGGGACCGUUACUUUGACGGAGCCGGCGCUGGCUAAUCUCGCGGAGAAAUGCGCCGCCGCGAUUCCGGAAUGUUCUACAGUGGAAGACGAGAUCGCGAAGAUCCGUCGCGAGUUCGAGCUGGCGAAACAGAGGUUUAUCAACAUCCCUGAAGCGCUCAAUAGUAUGCCAAAGAUGAAUCCUCAAGGGAUAUAUGUUAAUAAGAAUCUGAGGUUGGAUAACAUACAAGUCUACGGAUUUGACUAUGAUUACACAUUAGCACAUUACUCCUCUGACUUGCAGAGCUUGAUCUAUGAUCUUGCCAAGCAGCAUAUGGUCAACGAGUUUAGAUAUCCUGAAGGUUGUAUGAAGUUUACGUAUGAUCCUACUUUCCCUAUCCGAGGUCUGUACUACGAUAAACAGAAAGGAUGCCUCAUGAAAUUGGAUUUCUUUGGUUCGAUUGAGCCAGACGGAUGUUAUUUUGGUCGUCGUAAGCUUAGUAGGAAGGAGCUAGAGAAUAUGUAUGGAACGCGACACAUAGGUCGUGAUCAAGCGAGAGGUCUUGUGGGAUUGAUGGAUUUCUUCUGUUUCAGCGAGGCCUGUCUUAUAGCAGACAUGGUCCAGUACUUUGUCGACGCCAAGCUUGAGUUUGAUGCCUCUUACAUCUACAAUGAUGUGAAUCGCGCGAUUCAACAUGUCCAUAGAAGCGGUUUGGUCCAUAGAGGGAUUCUUGCUGAUCCUACCAGAUAUUUGCUUAAAAAUGCAAGUGGUCAGCUACUACGUUUCCUGAGAAUGCUGAAAGAUAAAGGGAAGAAGCUUUUCUUGCUGACCAACUCUCCGUACCAUUUUGUCGAUGGCGGAAUGCGUUAUCUUAUGGAGGACUCUUUUGGCCUCAGAGACUCAUGGCGGGACCUUUUCGAUGUCGUCAUUGCUAAAGCAAACAAACCAGAGUUUUACACAUCAGAGCACCCUUUCCGGUCUGUGUUCUCUACUCCUGAAUCCUCCUCUUUCGUCCUUACACGAUUCUUAUGCUAUAGUUGCUAUGAUGAGGAGAGGGAUACUUUGGCGUUUACUAAAGUGGAUGCGUUUCACCCAAAUAAAGUUUACUACCAUGGCUGUCUUAAAUCCUUCCUUCAAAUCACAAAGUGGCAUGGCCCUGAGGUUAUUUAUUUCGGAGAUCACUUAUUUAGUGACCUAAGAGGGCCUUCAAAAGCCGGUUGGAGAACUGCUGCCAUAAUUCAUGAGCUUGAGCGAGAGAUAAAGAUUCAGAAUGAAGAUAGCUACCGGUUUGAGCAGGCGAAAUUCCAUAUUAUCCAAGAACUGCUCGGUAGAUUUCACGCGACUGUAUCAGACAAUCAGAAAAGCGAAGCGUGCCAAUCUCUAUUGGAUGAGCUGAACAAGGCGAGACAGAGAGCUCGAGACACGAUGAAACAAAUGUUCAACAGAUCGUUCGGAGCUACGUUUGUCACAGACACUGGUCAAGAAUCAGCGUUCUCUUAUCACAUCCACCAAUACGCAGAUGUUUACACCAGCAAGCCUGAGAACUUUCUCUUCUACCGACCUGAAGCCUGGCUUCACGUGCCUUACGACAUCAAGAUCAUGCCACAUCAUGUCAAGGUACAGACCCAAGACUUGUUAAGUUGCUUCAAACCUUUUCAAAACCUGAGAUGGUGUUUCGUUCCCUUUAAGAACAGAUACAGUUCGAUGAAGAAAUCGGAUGAACUUUUGAUCGAAAAAGAAUUCAGCUUUUUAGGUUUUUUGCGAUUGCCUGUGACAACAAGUAGGAACGUCUGGACAAAAGUUGGGAAGAAAUCAAACAAGAACUCGAACAAGACACUCUUUGAACAUUGA